AUGGAAAAACAGCAGCGGUCGACAGGAGAAUGCUCCCCUUUGAGCCAAGGACCAGACAACAGGACUCAAGUGACCGAAUUUGUUUUAAUGGGACUUUCAGACUUGCCAGCUGUCCGCUUUUCCUUAUUUGUCAUCAUUUUGCUUAUCUAUCUGGUCACACUACUGGGCAAUGGCACCAUCCUCCUUGCCAUAGGAACCAAUUCUCAGUUGCACAACCCCAUGUACUUCUUCCUGAGUAAUCUUUCCUUGCUGGACAUCUUCUGCCCCACAGCUACAGUGCCCAAGAUGCUGGAGAGCCUCUUGACUGAAUGCAGUUCCAUCUCCUUUACUGGCUGUGUGAUACAGCUCUACUUCCUGGUGGCCCUGGCAGGGACCGAAGUCUUCCUGUUGGCCGUCAUGGCCUACGACUGCUACGUAGCUAUAUGCAACCCUUUGCGAUACACGGUCAUCAUGAACAAGAAGCUUUGCCUUCAGAUGGUUUCAGGGACGUGGGUCACUGGCUUCCUCAAUUCAUUGUUGCAUGCAACCUUGACGUUCAUUCUACCUUACUGCAACUCCAAUAGAAUCAACCAAUAUUAUUGUGACAUCCCACCUGUGUUGGCUUUAGCGUGUGCUUCCACCUACGUGGCUGAGAUGGUUGUCCUCAUCGUUGGUGGCAUCUUUGGCGUGGGGGCUUUUCUAAUCACCUUGAUUUCCUACACUCAUAUCAUCGCCACAAUUCUGAGGAUCCGUUCUGCCGAGGGGAAACGUAAGGCCUUUUCUACCUGCGCGUCCCACUUAAUAGUGGUUUGUCUUUUCUAUGGAACCACCAUCUUCACGUACAUUAGACCUUCCUCCAGUUACCAUCCAGACCAGGAUAGGCUAGUGAGCAUGCUCUAUGGGAUGAUUACUCCCAUGCUAAACCCCUUGAUUUAUAGCCUUAGAAACAAAGAAGUGAAAAGGGCCCUUGAGCGGCUAAUAGUUCGCCAAUUCCAUUAA